CAUCCAUCUGCUUCAUCCAGAUUAGUCACAAGUCAGUUCACCUCUAGGACAGCCAGCAGCAUCAGGAGCCCCAGUGUUCCUCAGACAGGAUGGGCCUCCUACUACUGCUCACUUCCUUGCUCCUGUCGCGCUACUUCCAUCCAGGGAUCGUGGUGGAUGCACAGCAAUCAUUCACGAUAAGAAACACCACCCUGUCCAUUGAGCCCAGUCCUGAUGUGACUCGGGGCACCAACGUGACUUUGAGAUGUAAGGCCAUGGUCAGCAGCUCGGGGGAAGAGGCGCUGAGGCGUGAGUACACUAUAUACAAGGGCAGCAACAAGGUCUACACCAAGAACACCAGCACAUCGGAGGAUCUGCUGUACCUGCUGCCCGAUGCCAGAGUCUCCAGCACUGGGAAAUAUAAGUGCAAGAUCAACAUCAUGGGCAAGGAGAUGACCAGCGAGCCUAAAAAACUCACAGUAGAAGGCCUGUCAAAACCAGUUCUCCGAUUUAACAAGGAGGUGGUCAAUGAAGAGGAGGAGGUAAUCGCCACGUGUACAGCGCCCGGCGAGACAGGCUCCAUUUUCUUCCGGUUCUACCAGGACUCCAAAGAAAUCCGGGAGGGUGAGGGCAGCUCCAACCAGUUUGAAGCCAAGUUUACCUUCAGCAAAGUUGGCAUCCAAAAAAUUCAUUGUGCCUAUGCUGUGAUCAUAAUGCCAGACUCCUUCAAGUCUAAAGAAAGCAACCAUGUCGAUGUUUCAGUCAAAGAGCUUUUCACCACACCAGUUUUAGAGAUUUUCCCUCAGUCCAAUAUCUAUGAAGGAGACCAUCUCAACAUCUUGUGCACCACCAGAAACCGUCUGGACAGCUCUGAAGAAGUCCACCUCUAUCUGAGCCAUGGGACCAAGCUUCUUAGCAGUGGCGAAACCAAAGUCAACCACAGCGUGGUCGCACUGGCAAAGGACCCCGGAGAAUUUGAGUGCAGACAAGAGAUUAAAAAAGUAUUCAAAGUCAUCACAAAGACAAUUUCAGUGACUGAGCUAUUCUCAGCACCUACUCUCACCAUCUCUCCUGCUGAAAUCUUUCAAAGGGAAAAUAUGAAACUAACCUGCAAAAGUGGAAGCUAUGCCUCUGAAAGACUUAAUAGGGAAGAGCUGACUUACACUCUUGAGCCGCCCAACAGCCCACUGAGCCCCAUCGGCCCUGGAGUAUUUUCUGGCAGGGCUCUGCUGAAUGAUUUCAACUAUACCUGUGUAGCUCGAGCCAAGGGCAUCGUGAAACACAGUGACACCCUGACUGUACGCCCUAAAGUUUCUGUGUCCAUUCCAAAGAUCUCAGUGUAUGGCAAAGCGAUCCUAGGACAACCCAUCCACAUCCACUGUCACUCAGAAACUGGCAGCUUGCCGAUCAACUACACCUUGAUAAAGGGUUACGAAGUGCUGAACAUAACCACUGUCAAGGAUCCCAAUCAGAAAGCUCUCUUCAAAGUCACCAUCGUCAAGCCAGAGGAGUUAAACAAGUUCAUGUGUGAGGCUGAGAAUAAUCACAAGAAAGGCGAGCUCAGUGGAAGACUCAACGCUGCGGUUGUAGAGCCUUUGAGCGACCUGACUCUGACCAUCAUCCCCAACCCAUCAAAAGUCUCUGAGGGAGAGGAUCUCUAUCUGAUUUGUGGUACUAAAGGCACCCCACCAGUCACCUUUAAGUUGUACCGCGUUGGCACCAAAGCACCGCUGUUCACCAACACCUCUCAACAGAAUAACACAAACUUCCGGGUCCCCAAUUUGUCCAAAGAGCACAGUGGCAAAUACUACUGCGAAGCCAUCAACCCCGCCAACAACCUCGUCGUCAGUGAGAAGAUCGCCAUAGAGGUACACCUGGCGUUGUGGAAGAAAGCAGUGAUCGGGGGGGUUUGUCUACUAGUGGUGUCGGUGCUGGCGGUGGUGUGUGUGCUGUACUUCAAAUCCAAGAGAGGUAAAAGAGAAGGAGCCGCUGAAUUGUCAGUGCGCAGCGCCACUCUAUGAUGGCAUGGAGGGGAGAGUGACCAAUGGGACACGAGAUAGCGUGGCGUCGCUUCCCACUGACAUCAGCAAAAGGAGCAGCUACAGUACCCCAGCCACAGUUUAGAGAUGCCCUGCAGUGGGAGGGACUUGAAUUCAAUAAUUUAAAAAAAAACUUUCAAGAGCAAAGAAAAAGAAGUUCUAAGAAAAGACUUUGAAGACAAAAAUGUAAAGAAAACAGUGUACAACCCAGUGUUGAAGGAUUUGGUGAUGAGUUUUCUCAGUGAAAAGGAGGGGCACUUUUAUGAUGAGAUAUAAACCAGGACCCGCUGCUCCCUCUCCCCUCCUCCUGCAAUCUAGAUGGCCUUUGAUUUUACAAUUAACAUUACUGUCUUUGUCACCUGUGUCUGUGAUUGCAUGCCAUUUUUUGUUGCAACUGCUCUAUUUGUCUAAUGUGCAUGUAUAAAGAAGCUUGGUGACAGAUUAAUUUGUAUACAUUUUAUCACCAUCACAGGAAAUGUGUGUAUAUAUUUUUGGUUGAUCCCUUGACUGACUGGAAGAGACGCUUGUAGAAUAAAGAUGUUGGUUUUAUUUAGAA